AUGGGACCUGCUGAGGAAAUGAAGGCAGGAAACCAAACGGGCACCACUCACUUCUUACUUCUGGGGUUUGGCUUCCAAGGCAAGAUGCAGCUCCUCUUUUCCACGCUGAUUUCUGUCAUGUUCCUGGCCACCCUGGUCGGGAACUCUCUGAUUGCUGUGGUUACAGCCACGGACCCUCUCCUGCACACACCCAUGUACUACUUCCUGAGGAAUCUUGCCUUGACAGAGAUCUGCUACAGCCUCAGCAUUGUCCCCAAGAUGCUCAUGAUCCAGCUGGGGGAGAGAAAAAUGAUUUCCUUCACAGCUUGUGCCUUGCAGCUCAACUGUGUCAUUCUUCUGGUCACCUGUGAGUGUUUUCUCUUAGGGGCAAUGGCUUAUGACAGGCAAGCAGCCAUAUGCCACCCCUUGCAUUACGGCACCGUCAUGAGCAGCGAUCGCUGCUUCAGGAUGGCUCUUGGCUCUUGGCUCUCUGGUGUCCCUGUGGCUUUGGGCUUCACCACCUGGUUAUUUACCCUGCCCUUCUGUGGAAGAAACAGGAUUGAUCAUUUCUUCUGUGAUGUUUCCCCUUUGCUGAAGCUGGUGUGUGCAGACACAGCCUUGUUUGAACUCCUGAUUUUUAUUGCUAUUGUCAUAAUAGUGAUGAUUCCCUUUUCUCUGAUAGCCACCUCUUACCUCUGCAUUGUCCAUGCUGUUCUUCAGAUACCCUCUGCUGCAGGCCAGAGAAGAGCAUUUUCCACCUGUGCCAGUCACCUUGUAGUAGUGACUCUUUUCUAUAGCACAGCUGGAAUCAUUCACCUGCGACCCAAGUCCAACCUCUCAUCCAGCACAAGGAAAAUGGUUUCCCUGUCUUACACAGUUAUCACCCCCAUGCUCAACCCCAUCAUCUACACCCUGAGGAAUCGAGAAGUCAAGCAAAGCCUGAGGAGACACCUGCACAAGUGCUUACGUAGAAAGCAGAUGGCUGCAUCUGCUCUGCUCAGGUGA